AUGGUGAACAAGGUGCAUCAUGUGACUUCCCCGAUUGUCGGCCGAGGCACGCGGGAUCUUCAUCCUCCCCUCCUGCUCUCUCCGACUUUUCCCCCCAAGGUGGCUUUUUUUCCCGAUGGCUGCGAAGCUCCGAAGACCGCGACGUCUCCCAACCUCUUCUUCCUCUUCUUCUUCCUCCUCUUCCUCUUCCUCUUCCUCCUCUUCCUCUUCCUCUUCUUCCUCGCUCUCUACGUCGGUGAUGCAGCUGUUUUGAAGCAUAUAUUCUCCAAUUGGCAGCAUACCACACCUCUGUCGCCUUCCGUUCGUUCGACAUAUAGAUCCGCGAUGGUAGCUGCUCUCACGGCCCUCCGCGCCGGCGGUAGGUAUCUCGGCGGUCAACAUGCUCGAGCAGCAGCACUCCGAACUCCUCGUCAGCUGUCACCGCUGACGGCCUGUCGUCAAUGUCUUCAGUCGGCGCCCCGUCAGUACCGUGCUGUCGCCUAUCGCAGCGUCCAUUCCAGUGCCGCCGAGAGCAACGGCGUGGCUGAUCUCCGUCAGCCGCUGGACAGCUUCCCACGCCGACACAUUGGGCCGUCACCGUCAUCCGCCGAGGCGAUGCUGAGCGUGCUGGAUCCGCCGGUAAAGAGCCUGGAUGAAUUCGUCCACCAGGUCUUGCCGGCAGACAUUCUCUCGGCGAAGGAGCUCAGCCUGGCUGCCCCCAAGGAGGCUACCAUUAAACUGCCACGGGAUGGCCUGCACGGCGGACUGGGAGAAUCGGACAUGAUCAAGCUGUUUGAGGCGUACAAGAAGGACAUCGAUGCCACCGGACGGUCACAUAUCGGAUGUGGUUACUACGGUACCAUCGUGCCACCGGUCGUCCAGCGAAACGUCCUCGAGAACCCGGUCUGGUACACCAGCUACACUCCCUACCAGCCAGAGAUCAGUCAGGGCCGACUGGAGUCCCUCCUCAAUUUCCAGACCCUCACGUCCGACCUGACUGGCCUCCCAGUCGCCAAUGCCUCCGUUCUCGACGAAGCAACCGCCGCGGCAGAGGCCAUGACCAUGUCCUGGGCCACCCAACCCGCGAGCAAACAGAAACAGCCUGGAAAGUCGUUCGUGGCAUCCCACCUGUGCCACCCCCAAACUCUAGCCGUCAUGAGGUCUCGUGCGCAGGGAUUCGGCAUUAACCUUGUGGUCGGUGAUAUCAUGGCAGACGACUUCAAACUCGUCAAGGACCAGGGCGAGAAGUUGAUUGGUGUCCUGGCACAGUACCCUGAUACCGAGGGUGGUGUAUACGAUUUCCAAGCUCUCAGUGACCACAUCCACCAGCAGGGCGGUAUGUUCAGUGUUGCCACUGACCUGCUCGCAUUGACCGUCUUGAAAGCUCCCGGAGAGUUUGGUGCUGACAUUGCCUUUGGAAACUCCCAAAGAUUCGGUGUCCCGAUGGGCUUCGGUGGGCCCCAGGCUGCUUUCUUUGCCUGCACAGAAAAGAACAAGCGAAAGAUUCCAGGCCGUAUUGUCGGCGUCUCCAAGGAUAGACUUGGAAACCGUGCAUUGCGUCUUGCCCUGCAGACUCGAGAGCAGCAUAUUCGCCGCGAGAAGGCCACCAGUAACAUCUGCACUGCCCAGGCCCUCCUUGCAAACAUGUCCGCGUUCUAUGCCGUCUACCACGGUCCCAAGGGCCUGAAGGCGAUUGCCGAGCGUACCAUGGCUCUCACCGCACUCCUCAAGGUAAAGCUGAAUGCUCUCGGAUUCAACGUGCCCACCAGAGGCAACCUCGGCCAGGAUGGCGUCGCUUUUGACACUCUCGUCAUGGAGACUAGCUCCCAGGCUGAAGCAGACUCUCUCAUGGACGCCGCCUUUGCAUCUUCUCUGUACCUUCGACGCGUCGGUUCGUCCAAGGUCGGAGUUUCCCUCGACGAGACCAUGGGUGUACAGGACGUUGAGAAACUGCUUUCGGUUUUUGCUAAAUUCUCGCCAUACAAGGGUGCUGAGGCCAUUGACUUGGCUAAAGACGUUCAGGCGGUUCAAAUUCCAGAAGCUGUCCGACGAACUUCAGCUUACCUCACACACCCUGUGUUCAACAGCCAUCACUCUGAGACCGAGAUGUUGCGAUACAUCCAACACCUUGGGUCUAAGGAUCUCUCACUUGCACACUCCAUGAUUUCCUUAGGUUCCUGCACCAUGAAGCUGAAUGCCACCACUGAAAUGUUACCCAUCACCUGGCCAGAGUUCUCCUCCGUUCACCCCUUCACCCCAACCGCCGCUGUCAAGGGCUACAUCGACAUGAUUGAGGACCUCGAGCAGCAAUUGGCCGAUAUCACUGGCAUGGCUGAAGUUACCAUCCAGCCCAACUCUGGAGCUCAGGGUGAAUUCGCUGGAUUAAAGGCAAUCAAAAAGUACCACGACAGCCAGGGCGAACCCGGUAAGCGUAAUAUAUGCUUAAUCCCCGUUUCAGCACACGGAACCAACCCAGCCAGUGCUGCUAUGGCCGGAAUGCGCGUUGUCCCUGUCAAAUGCGAUACGGCAACGGGUAACCUUGACGUUGCGGACCUCCGUGCCAAAUGUGAGAAGCACAAGGAAGAACUCGGCGCCAUCAUGAUCACUUACCCAAGUACAUAUGGCGUCUUCGAGCCCAGUAUCAAGGAAGUCUGUGAGGUUGUUCACAAGUACGGCGGUCAGGUUUACAUGGACGGAGCCAACAUGAACGCACAGAUUGGCCUUUGCUCCCCAGGUGAAAUCGGCGCAGACGUCUGCCAUCUCAACCUCCACAAGACCUUCUGUAUCCCCCACGGCGGCGGUGGUCCCGGUGUCGGCCCCAUUGGUGUCGCCGAGCAUCUCCGCCCAUUCCUCCCCUCCCACCCUCUCAACGACCACCUGCUUGCCAAACGACCAGCAUCUGUUGACUCUCCACCAAUCAGUGCUGCGCCAUUCGGUAGCGCAAGCAUCCUCCCCAUCACAUUCGCAUACAUCAACAUGAUGGGUGCUAAGGGUCUAACACACGCAACCAAGAUUACUCUCUUAAACGCCAACUACAUUCUUUCCAGACUAAAGCCACACUUCCCAAUCUUGUACACUAACACCAACGGCCGAUGUGCACACGAGUUUAUUCUUGAUGUGCGCCAAUUCAAAGCUUCUGCCGGCAUUGAAGCUAUUGACAUUGCUAAGCGAUUGCAAGAUUAUGGCUUCCACUCGCCAACCAUGUCCUUCCCCGUUGCCAACACGCUCAUGAUUGAGCCAACGGAGUCAGAGAGCAAGGCUGAGCUAGACCGAUUCUGUGACGCACUGAUCUCCAUCCGUAGAGAGAUUGCCGCUAUCGAAAAGGGUGAACAGCCAAAGGAGAACAACGUCCUGAAACUCGCGCCUCACACCCAGCGCGACCUUCUAAGCGCCGAGUGGGAUCGUCCCUACACCAGAGAAAACGCCGCGUACCCGCUACCUUGGUUGUUGGAAACGAAAUUCUGGCCUACUGUGGCUAGGGUUGACGACGCAUUCGGAGAUCAAAACCUGUUCUGCACCUGUGGGCCCGUCGAAGACGCCACGGACUAA